AUGCUGAAUCGAGAUCUGCUCAAGAAGAUCCCACAAAAUGCCCACCAAGUAUUCACUAAAAGGUUUAGCAGAAUGGCGGGUUGCGAUGGCGCGGAAGGAGAAGGAAGAAAUGGAGGAAUUUCUAAAGGGUUUGAGUCUGGUGAAGAAUUAGAGACGUUUCAGCGAUGCGAACUUGGUUUUGUUAGAGAAAUCGGUAAUCCAGAUGAAGGGGUUGAGAAUAUGUCCGAUGAUAAUUUCUUGGAAAUCAGGAGGCCUGCCCUCAAAGAGAAAAGGAAAAGAUCGGUUGAAACCGUGGAGAUGGUAAUCAACGAUAAAAGAUGGGAUCUUGAUAACGAGCUUUCCCAGAUGGAAAUUAAACUGGAGAGACUGCAGGGAAUUGCUAGUUCAGGAAUCGCUGAUGGUGGAGAAUUGCGCUCAAUCGUUUGGAAGCUCCUACUUGGGUACUUACCUACUUUGCGUGAUCUGUGGGAAAAGGAGUUGCUAGAGAGCCGAAUGAAAUAUGCUAAGCUAAAAGAGGAUUUUCUCUUAAGCCCGUCUCAAUUUUCAAGGAGAAAAGAUGAGGCAAUCUGUAACAAUAAUAUCCCCGGGAUGUCCCUUGAAAGGGAAGAAGUCUCACAUGAAGAUCAUCCUCUGUGUUUAGGAAAAUCUAGUGCCUGGCAUCAAUUUUUUGAGUUUGCGGAUAUUGGAGAACAGAUAGACCGUGAUUUAGAUAGAACACAUCCAAGUCUAAAGUUCUUUGCAGGGGACUCAACAACAAGCAAGAAAAACAAGGAAUCUAUGAAGAACAUACUUCUCCUGUUUGCAAAGCUCAAUCCUGAAAUUCGUUAUGUGCAAGGCAUGAAUGAGAUCUUGGCCCCAUUAUAUUAUGUAUUCAGCACAGAAUCUGAUAAUAAUAAUAAUAAUGCAAAUGCAGAGUCUGAUAGCUUUCAUUGUUUUGUCAAACUCAUGAGCAACUUGUUGGAUCACUAUUGUGAACAGCUCGAUAAUAGCUCCGCGGGUAUUCAUUCCACACUUUUGAGGCUGUCUGAGUUGUUAAAAGCCAAUGACAAGGAAUUGUGGAGGCAUCUUGAGCUUAAAAACAAGGUUGGUCCACAGCUGUAUGGAUUCAGGUGGAUUACUUUGUUACUAACUCAGGAAUUCGAUUUCCGGACCAUUUUAAGAAUCUGGGAUUCCCUCUUGAGCAAUCCUCUUGGCGUUCAGGAAAUGCUUUUGCGGGUCUGCUGUGCAAUGCUUUUGUCCGUGAAAACCAGAUUGUUGAGAGGCGAUUUCAUGGACAAUUUACAGCUUCUACAGCAUUAUCCUUCAGAAAUCGACAUCGAAUGCAUUCUCAAGACAGCACAAGAUCUCACUGCAGCAUGA